UUCCUGGUCUUCUAUACAGGGGUGAUACAACACAAAGACUUCCCUUGAAGCCAUCCCAUCCCAUUCCCAUCCCAUCCCUCUUGCCUCAAAGCUCCCCAACUCACCCAUGGAAAAACCAUCCAUUUGCCAAAUCACUCCUCGCAGUGCAGUCGUGGAGAGCACUGAGUUCAACUUCACCAACCUGUACCUGCGCCGUAACUUCAGCGGUAAAGACCGGAAUCAACUCGUAAUCCAGGAGGGUGGUUUUGGUGAAACAGCCGUUAACAACUGGUCGUUAUACGACGGAGACGGGCCUGAUGCCACCAUUGUUGCCCGUGUACAAGGUCUGCAUUCCCAGGCCGGGGACUGGCAAAGCACUUUCACCAUAGUAUUCCAGAAUGAAUGGUUUAAGGGGUCUACAUUCGAGGUCAUAGGAGUACCUACUGACGGUGGUGAGUGGGCUAUUGUUGGCGGGACAGGACAAUUUGCUAUGGCAACAGGUGUAAUAUCAAAAAGUGUUCAUGAGCAAAGAGGAGACGGCAACACUAUAGAACUUACUAUGCAUGGGUUCUACCUGUCACGGAGCCUUCUUACGAAGUCUGAGCCAUUGGGUAGUAAUUACGGGGUAGCUGAAGAGAUCGCACAGGUGCCAAAAUAAACAAUUCGUGGACCUUCAUCGCAAUGGCAGUCUUUUGGUCAUCUUGAGGCGGGCCGUCAAAUAUCUGAAGGAGAGCGUCAAAUUCGGUUUCUACUACUGUUCCAGUUUCCAGAGUAUCACUGCCAUAGAUAUAGCAGGGGGGUUUUCUCUAAGCUGAUAUUCAUCUGUACUUGUUUCGUUAGGAUAUGCCUUUUUCUUUUUCUUUGAGGGAGUUAGGAAAGACCUUUAUCUGAACGUUACACUUUUUUUUUUACCAAAGUUACACAAUUACUGGCGCUACUGUUUGGCAAUGAAAAAAACAAUUCAACGAGG